AUGGCCGACAAAGAUACAUCUGCUACGAGCGACAAGGAAAAGCUCAGGACGCUAAUGGAUGCUGCUCUGGGGCUUGGUGGCGAGGAGUCGGAGUCAACGGAGCAGCUUCAAGAGGAGCAACCAGCACCCAAGUCUUCCCCAGAGACGCCUCAGAAGAAGCGGUAUCUCCCCCCAACAAAGAGGCCGGAUGCGGCGUAUACCUUUCCUGAGAAACUCAUGAGCUUGAUGCGAUAUGCUGAAGAUCAAGCAGAUGGGUUCUGCAUUGCUUGGCUCCCUGACGGCAAGUCCUUUGUCAUUCGCAACCCAGAUGAGUUCACUCGUCACGUUGUACCCAAAUUCUUCAAGGCCACCAAGUUUUCGAGCUUCACCCGAAAGCUCUAUCGUUGGGGAUUUCGGCAAGUGAACCGUGGUAUUGGGCCUGAUGAUCCUAUUAUCUUUGGCAACGAGCAUUUCCAGCGAGAUAAUGCCGAAGACAUGUCCAAGAUGCGAUCCAUCACCGCUGCCAGUAGCCGCAAGGCGGAGGCUCAGACCAUCUAUGGUGGAGGAAAGAGACCUCUCGAGGGACCGGAAGGACCGAACCACAAGCGAGCCUUGUUGGAUCACUUGAUCCAGCAAAAGGCUGUGAUGAUGAAUACCAAUCCCUCCAUGUACGCUGGCCUGCAAGCUCCUGGUGGGGCCGUGAGCCUCACCAGCGCCCUCAGGCCUAGCCUGGGAUUGGGUGUCUCUCAUCAUCAUCACCACCAUCAAAAUCACUUUCAAGGGGGUCUUCCUGCUAUGAUGUCCAAGCACAUGGACAUGAUGGGACAGCAGAACGGUAACAAUCUCAUGAAUUCUUACAUGCCACAGCAUCAGAACCACGCAGGCAACCCAGCGGGACAGCAAUACCCAAGCACGACUUCUACAGCUGAUAUUGUCAAUGCUGCCAUCUCUGCUUUGCGUUAUGCCUCGUAA